GUCUGCUGUUAGCUUCCGUAGAGUGUAGGUGGAUUCGUGUCGCGUGCGUCCGCUGAGUUAUCCAAGUCCAUACGGAACUGCUGUAUCACUGAUUUCGCCUUCCCCAAAAAAUUAUAAUCAUGUCCUCCAAAUUUGUGAUUCCCAAAAUACAGAUUCAGUCCUGUACUGACUGUUUCCCGAUUUACUGAACAUGUGUGCUAUAGUGUAGAUUUGUAAAAUUUUCAUGUAGAGAAAAAUAAUAGGUAGUGAAAUAAUUGUUCUUCUUUUGGAUUAAUUUAUUGAGAAGCAUUGAAUGCGCGAUGACUUACCAUCAUUUUCAUGUUGCUGUUCAGCUUGGGACUGCCUGUCUACUUGUGUACUUGGCGUCUGCAGCUAAAAUCACCAAUGAGGAAAUAGUUUCAACUGACGAUGCUGUCUCAGUUCUCGGCUUCACUGCAAAGCUGCCAUGUGACAUUACGCCACCCGAGAAAGAUGACCGACCCACUCUUGUGCUGUGGUUCAAGGAGGGUGAUCAUGUCAGGCCAAUCUAUUCUUACGACAGGCGAGGAGCAAAUGAGUUCCAACCGAAACACUGGGCGGACGAAAGUUUCCUGGGUCAGCGAGCCGAGUUUAUGGCGAAGGAGUCACCGACACAUCUGCGACUCGACCGCAUUCGUGAGUCCGACAGAGGCACCUACCGCUGUCGCGUCGACUUCAAGAAGUCGCCAACACGCAACAGCAAAGUCAAUCUUGCCGUCAUCAUACCACCACAAAGACUGAGCGUUCUGGAUGAGAAGGGAGACCACAUCCAGAAUUAUAUCCUUGGUCCUUACAACGAAGGAGCCUCAGUCAAUAUCACAUGUAUUGCGUCUGGAGGACGGCCGCAGCCGCGAGUGAUCUGGUGGCAAGAGAACACCCUGCUGGACGACUCGUGGGAGGUUCUGUCGGAGAGCCGAGUGAAGAACGUGCUGUGGCUGGAGAAGGUCGAGCGACGUCACCUGAAGGCUGUCUACACCUGCCAGGCCUCCAACAACGAGAUAGUCGCCCCCAUCUCGAGUGCUGUCUCUCUUGAUCUCAACCUACGGCCAUUGUGGGUGAAACUUCUGGGGGAAAAUCGACCACUUUCAGCUGGGCAGGCCCAUGAAAUCAAGUGCGAGGCGGUCGGAGCCAGGCCUCAACCUCAAAUGUCAUGGUGGAAGGGCAGUACUCCGCUCAAGAAAGCCAAGGAAGAGAUGUCCUCUGACUUCAACCGGACAAUCAGCACGUUAAAGUUCAUUCCAACCAUGGAAGAUUCCGGAAAAAUUCUAUCUUGUCGUGCAUCUACACCUACCAUACAAGACUCCUUGAUCGAAGAUGGCUGGAAACUUAACAUUUCUCAUAUACCAGUUGUGGCUCUAGCGAUGGGAGGUAGCCUGAAUGCGAGCGGAAUAAAGGAAGGAGUUGAUGUGUAUUUUGAAUGUAACAUAAAAUCAAAUCCUUGGGUUUACAGAGUUACUUGGAGGCACAAUGGAGAAAUGCUGUAUAAUAAUAGAAGCGUUGGGAUGAUUCUGAGUAACCAAAGUUUGGUACUUCAGAGUGUGAGUAGAGCAUCUUCAGGCAUCUACACAUGCAUAGCAAGCAACCAGGAGGGAGACGGAGAAAGUAAUCCAUUGUAUUUGGAUGUAAAAUUUAUUCCUGUAUGCCGACCGGGACAGCAGAAAGUGAUAGGAGUAGCCAGAGGCGAGAUUGUUCGAAUAUUAUGCGAAGUAGAAUCCAAUCCUCCAAACAUUGAUUUCAGCUGGAAAUUCAAUUCUAGUCGAGAAACAAUAGACAUUGAGCAGCAACAUUAUACAGUUGAGAAAACACGAAGUCUGUUUGGGUUCACUCCUAUGACAGAGCUGGAUUACGGCACACUCUAUUGCUGGGGAAAGAAUAUCCUGGGCAAGCAGAAAGAGCCAUGUAUCUACACAGUUAUUCCUGCAGGGAAACCAGAUGGCGUGAGGAACUGUUCUAUCACAAAUCUGACUGUGGAUUCACUGCAGAUAGAAUGUAUGGAAGGAUUCGACGGUGGUCUGUCUCAAGAAUUCUUCCUUGAAUUGUAUGAUGCUGAUAGUAGACUUUUCAUCUCCAAUACGACGUCUUCUAUCCCAUGGUUUUUCCUUGGAGAUUUGAGCUCAGGGCAGAAUUAUGAGAUAAUCAUUUAUGCCACUAAUAGUAAGGGUGUUAGUGAGCCCACCAUACUUCAAUUCACUACUUUGAAAGCUUCAAUGAGAGGCCUAACUAGUAGAGAUAACCCUCCCCUAAUGCUGCAGUUAACACCACUAAUCGGUACACUGGUGGGAAUAGUAGCUGCAUUGACGUUGGUGGCAUUAAUUAUAAUCCUUAUAAUGAGAUUCAGAGAAACAAGUGAUGAUGAGAAGUCACACUCGAAAAUGUCAAGUGAGGCUGUGAAAGAAUCCAGUGAGAGUGCUGAGAGUAUAGAGAAGAACCCUGAUAUCAUUCCACAAAAUAAUGAAUAUUCAGAUGGUGAGGAGAAAACAUUCGAGAGCUUCAAUACACGCCUUUAUCCCCAACAUUUGGGGGCUGAAAAGAGUGGUAUUCCGAAAGAGGAACUGACCUACGCAGAACUAUCGCACGCGAGUUCGGUGUACACGAAUAUGCUGAGUCAGCAGCAGCCGCAACACUGUUUGGACCCGCUGCAGUACACACACCUCGACUCCUCUCUCUGUCACGCCACCGCCGAGACGCCACUCAUAUGCACCAACGCCCGAGAAAGCACGGUAUAGCAUGCUAGUUCUCCGUUUCAUAUGGUGCCGAUCCGAGAAGGACAGCCACUGCAGAAGCAGCACUGGACUCCACAGCAGCAGCAGCCGCAUCACGUAGUAACUGCAACACGCUUCUGACAAAGUGACAAUAGUGAACAGUGGAUAGUGUCCGAUGUUCUCUAAAUAUAAAAGACAAACACCAUACAUUUAAUGGACGAACAAAUUUGAAUUUGUAUAGUGUAUGAAUGCGAAUUUGCAUGAAACAGUUGGAACUGUUCUAUUUAUAAAUGGAUUGUGCACGAAUUAUAGUAUUGUUGUUGCCGGUGAGAUUGUAUAAAAUAUAAAACUUUGUGUAAGUUAUGUGUGUGAUGAAGAAUAACAGAGGAGUGAUUCUCAAAAGUUGGUCACUUUGUCGAUUAGACCGACCUUGCGAAUUUGACAAACUCUAUUGCCAUAAAGUGUAUGUUUUGCUCAUUGUAAUAAGUGAAAAUGUUUGGAGAUAACUGUGCCAAAUAAGGUACAAUAACCAUCUACCAUGAAAUAUUGUAUAGUUGAAGGAAUUUUAUGAUUGAAUCGCUCUGUCAUGAUAUUGUAAUUAUUGUUCAUAUAAACGAAUUCUAUUUUAAUAUGAAUGUUAAUAAUCUGAAUUUAUAAUAAAAUUUAUUAUGAUUGUUUGCGAAACUA